UGGGCGGGGAUAUGGGCGGGUCUGUUAUUGAGCUAUCGGUUGAAUAUUUGAAAUCCAAAACAACAGUCGCAUUGAGGUGCGUUGUAGCAUUUAUAGGCUUAUUUUGAAUAUAUGUACCCAGCUGAAACUCCAUAAUGAUCUUCGAGUCAAACUGAGAAAGCGCAGCAGCUGAAGAGCAUUGUAACACCCGAGCACCGUGCAGAACAAAGAAGAGCAACUACAACAGAUAUGUUCAGAACAAUCGCGCGUAUGCUUUUUGGAAGAGAGGAGGAGACCCCUGAAGAUGUCAAGGCUGGAGACACGAUGGAGGAAGGGUGGCAUGUUGUCACUCACCAAGAGGCAGGUUCAGCAGAAAACCAGGAUGCAAUGUUGACUGACAGCCAACCAUCCAGCUCUGUUCCUCAAGGAACAGAGCUGGAAACUGACUGCGUUGCAGAUGCCGAGCCCACAGCACAAAGCGGGAGUACCGGGACCAGCGCUCAGUCCGUGUUCAGCUCUUUGUCCAAGCCCAAAGCUAUAGCCAAGAUGACACAGGCUAAGGUUUUGGCAGACCGGCAUCAUGUGUCCCGCAACGCUAUUCAACGCCAGAACCGUGUUCGCCAAGGAGUCCAACACCACUCCUACCACCUCCAACAGCCAGGCUGUCGCAGCCUCAGCCACUGAAUCUCUUCACUACAGAUUGCCACACUCACACAAAAAGCUAAAGCAACUGAAGACAGACAAAAAAUAAAAACAAAACAAAAACACUUGUAGGCUUUUCCACGUUUCUGCAAAUUAAGCUAAACAUUUAAUCUUUAUGUGCCAACACUAGUUAACUGUUACCAGGCAGCUACAUUAGCAUUUGAACUUGUACUGUAUCUGAAUUUGAAAUGAAGAUUUCACCUCAUAAAAUGAGAUACGCUAGGUUUCUUUUUUUGUGUAUGUGCACAGGUAAAUUUAUACAGUGUUGGACCAAGUGCUAUGCUAUGUUUGACACCAUGCACUUCCCUGUAUGUUGUUGGUUCAGAACCUUUUUUUGAUACAUCAAUAAAAGUAUGAUUUUGCAGCUUGUUUGUUUCUUUUGUUUAUAGUGAAAUUGUGAUGUCCCACAGACAGUGAACUGCUCAUUCUCUCACAGAUGCAAACAGUUGAUCUCAUUAGUUUGGAGGAAAUUGCACCUGCUGUGUUCUGCUCCUGCUGCAGGAGGAGCGCGCUCGGUGGGGAACUGGUGUAAUCUGGAGGUUUACCGUGAAGUUCAGACCUUGUGAUAUGGCGAGGAUGGAGGCGUCUCCUAAAACAAAACUUAACAAGCAGUCAACACUUGGUUACAAGAGUUUUGGUAGUUCAAAUCAGCUGGCUGAUGGCUCAUCACCCAGUGACUUAACUUGUGACUUGACUAAAAAUCAUGGUGAGGAAUUGGGAGGUAGAGUUCAAACACAAAGAUAUAGUACUAGUAAAUAAGGCGUCUUAUUUAGAGUCAGUUCAAAUUUGCCUUGAAAACCCAACAAAUUUCAACUCGGUUGCUAAAGUUGCUUUUUCCUCACUUGCUGCUGCCACAGAUCCUUUCCAUUUGAAACAGCUGGCACCUAAUGGCACAAAUUUGUUUGACCAAAGUCCAUCCAAUCAGGAGGCUGAUGAGGACUGCUCCAGCAGAGGCACACCAAUAGCUGUCUACGCUCUGUCUACCAUCUUUGCCAUGCCAGUGUCAAUUGCUUUGGUCCUGCAGAUUUACCUGGGUGAAAGUUUGGUCUUCCAAUACGGGGAGUUGUUUUCGGAUCACGAGCGCUGCACCGCACUCGGUCACAGAGUCCUUCGUGAUGGUGGAUCCAGUGUGGAUGCUGCCAUCGCCGGUGCCUUGUGUUUGGGAGUCGUUCAUCCACACGUAUCAGGUGUUGGUGGAGGAGGAAUUAUGCUCGUUCAUGACAUACACAGGAAUGAAACCAGGGUGAUCAACUUUCUGGGAUCUGCUCCUAAAGCAUUCAGAAGGGAGGUGCUGUACAAUGUUUCACAGGCCAAGGCAGGUCUGCAAGUAGGAGUGCCAGGCAUGCUCAGGGGACUGCACCGUGCCCACACACUGUACGGAGGUCUGCCAUGGGAGGAUGUUGUCAGCAGAGCUGCAGCUGUAGCAAGAGAAGGUUUCAAUGUGUCUCACAGUUUAGCUGAUUCUAUAUCAAAGGUGAGUGGUGAGCAGCAAUCUCAAAGCUUCAAUAAUGCAUUCAUGCCACAUGGAAGACCUCUGAGUGCUGGUUCAUAUGUGAGGUUGCCUCGCCUGGCAGGAGUCCUGGAGGCUGGUUUGUUGAAUUUCUACCAUGGCAACCUAUCUCAAGAGAUUGUAGAUGAGGUACAAGCAAAUGGAGGCGUACUGAGCAGAGAAGACAUUGGUAACUACAGUGUGGAUGUAGAGCUACCCAUUGAAGCCCAGUACAAUGAUAAAGAGUUUAUAAUUCAGGUUCCUCCUCCUCCAUCUGCUGGUGCAGUGUUGCUAUCAGCUCUCAACUUGUUAGAGGGACUCCAUAUCAGCAAGAGCAAUGUAACAGAAACUCAAACACGCCUCUGGAUCGCUGAGGCCCUGAAAACAGCUUUAGCUAUGGCCAGUGGUUUGGGUGACCCUAAUUAUAACUCUUCGGUGACUGAGGCGCUCUCUAACAUGCUGAGCAAGAGUCAGGCUGAAGUCUUCAGGCAGCAGCUGAAUUACUCCCACACAUCUCCAUCUGAGUACCUCUCGCCUAUCCACUCCACCCAAACAGAACUGGUGGCUGGACAGGUCAUUGUCAUGGGACAAGAUAAGCUCAUUGUGUCUGUUGCAAGUUCCUUGAGCAGACCAUUUGGGAGCAGACUCAUAACUCAAUCAGGCAUCGUUCUUAACAGCCUCAUUCUUGAUUUUUCCUGGCCAAAUACAAGCAGAGAACAACUUCAAACUAAUCAGGAAAACUGUGUCGAGCCAGGAAAGCGGCCCCUGUCGCUUCUCAUGCCCAUUAUAGUGGUGCCGGCUUUGCAUAAAUGUGGGAUCCACAUGGCAGUAAGCACCUCUGGUGAACAAAAUGCCCUGAGUGUGAUCACCCAGAUGCUGGUCAACGUAUUAUUCUUCCAUACAGAGAAAAAUGACAGCUUUUCCCUGACAGGGCUCCAUCACCAGUUUGAACCAAAUAAACUUCUUGUUCACUCUCAUUAUCAAGGAGAAAGUGGGCAGAGUUUCCAUGCAAAGGCCCAUGCAGUUCAAAGAGUGAGGACAGAGGAGUCUUAUUAAGCCGCGGAGUGCCUCAGUUGACUGGUGGUUUAAUACAGUGUUGUUUUUCUCCUCAACUUUAUUCUUGAAAUAAAUAUUCUCA